UGGGGCAUUGCUGUACUUGUAUAAAUACAAUGUAGGAAAGGCCUAAACUCAAACUCUCUUCAGUGACUACCCGUUUGAACUUCAAGAACCAAAUGGAUCUCGAAACAAGGGAGAAGCCUGAGCUCGUCCAAGGGAAGGUGGAUUGGAAGGGAAGAACGGCUCUGAAGCAUAAACAUGGAGGAAUGCGAACUGGUUUGCUUAUUCUCGCUGCAUUCGGAUUUGAGCAGAUGGCGACUGUGGCGCUGGCUGCCAACUUGGUGACAUACUUCAAUGGGGUCUUGCACUUUAACUUGGCAGAUGCCGCCAAUGAGCUCACCAGCUUCCUGGGCUCUUCCUACAUUCUUUCCCUUGCUGUGGCUGCCUUAGCGGACAUAUACAUUGGCAGAUUGAAUGCCACUCUCAUUUCAGGCUGUGUUGAAUUCCUGGGGCUGGUAUUACUAACUGUACAAGCUCACUUUUCCGGGCUUCGCCCACCAACGUGCAACAUCUUUGACCCUACUUCUCACUGCGAAAAAGUUAGGGGGGGAAAUGCUGCCCUCUUCUUCAUCGCGUUAUACCUGUUGGCUGUUGGUUCAGCCGGAAUCAAAGCUGCGUUGCUGCCCCAUGGAGCCGACCAGUUUGACGAGAAGGACCCUAGGGAAGCAAGGGGCAUGUCGAGCUUCUUCAACUUCGUGUUGCUAAUUGCGUCUCUCGGCGGCGCAGCUAGUUUGACACUCAUCGUGUGGGUACAGGACAACAAAGGGUGGGACCGGGGCUUCGGGUUAUCUACUCUGGCCAUGUUCGUGGGCAUGGUGUUAUUCACAGUAGGACUGCCGAUGCACCGGAUACAGCCCGUUCAAGGAACCAGCACAAUCGUUGAAAUAGUCCAGGUAUAUGUUGCCGCGAUUCGAAAUAGAAAGCUUCAACUCCCUGAGGAUCCAGCGGAGCUGUACGAGAUUGACAGAGAUGCGGAAGCCGCUGCUGAUCAAGAAUUUCUACCUCACAGAGAUACUUUCAGGUUCCUAGACAAGGCGGCCGUGAAGGAAACACCGGCACUGCAACACAGGCACUCUGAAUCUCCAAGCCCGUGGAAGCUGUGCCGGAUGACCCAAGUGGAGAGCGCAAAAAUUGUGCUCGGCAUGGUUCCAAUCUUUGGCUGCACCAUAAUCAUGACCCUCGGCCUGGCUCAGCUCCAGACCUUCUCCAUCCAACAGGGCCUAACGAUGGAUACAAGAAUAGGUUCGUUCAAUAUCCCGCCCGCCACGCUCCCCGUCAUCCCGGUAUCCUUCCUUAUCUUCAUAGUCCCCAUCUACGACCGGGUGAUCGUCCCGUUCAUCAGGAAAUUCACAGGCCACCCGACAGGCAUAACCCACCUGCAGAGAAUAGGUGUCGGACUUGUUCUAUCAGCGAUCUCGAUGGCCGUGGCUGCAAUCGUGGAGGUGAAGCGGAAAAAGGUAGCCCGGGACCAUGGCAUGCUCGAUGCGAUACCUGUCGCUCAGCCGCUGCCCAUCAGCGUGUUCUGGCUCUCCUUCCAGUACUUCAUCUAUGGGAUCGCCGACUUGUUCACGUAUGUUGGGCUUCUCGAGUUAUUCUACUCCGAGGCGCCAAAGGGGAUCAAGUCGCUCUCGACCUGCUUCAUGUGGUGUUCCAUGGCGCUUGGGUUUUUCUUCAGCAGCAUAUUGGUCAAGAUUGUGAACAGGGCAACAGAGGGCGGGACCAAGGGUGGUGGUUGGCUUGCGGGGAACAACAUUAACAGGAACCAUUUGAAUCUGUUCUAUUUGCUGCUUUCAAGCCUGAGCACUUGCAACUUCUUCAUAUACCUGUUUGUUGCUAGCAGGUACAAGUAUAGGCCUCGAAUAACGCCUGUUGUCUCCAACUAGAUGAACCAAGUCAGGAAGACAUCAAUUCAUGGAGAUCUGUCGUUAAUAAGUGUGACUGUUGUGUCGCUUCUUAAAUUGCAUGUAUUUUUUGUUC